CCCUUCUACUCCGCUGUCCUCACUUGCCUGUGACUUGCUCUCUCGCUCUCUCUGUGUGCCACACACUUGUUAGUUUCGGUACAGAGAGCGUAGUGUGUGGAUGUAAAAGACCUGCAGGACUGUUUGGUUCGAGCCUGUACAGGACAUGACAGGUUAAUUGACCCACAAUGAAUGUGAGACAUGACCAACCAGGCCCCCUGGGAUAACGUGUGCAGUACGCGCAGCAUGGAGCCAACAGCCGGCUGCUCCCCCACAGUUCCAGAGGAAGAACUCUACCGCAGGAUCCAGGCUGUGCUGCCCAGGCAAACAGACAACCAGCAGCCCUUUGACUGCAUGCUGAGAUGGACGCUACACAAGAACGUUCAAAACAGUCCCGCAAACAGCUUAUCUCUGGUCAGGGUGCUGAUAAGAGAGCUGGAAAAGGCUGAGAGAUGGGACUCUCGCAAAAUCAUCAUCCCUCUGCUCCACACACUGAUGUAUGCCAUCAUUCAGACAGCCUACAUUCCAGAUGAGCUGUACAAGCAGGUUUACAACUUUUGCAAGAGACUCCUGACCUACCCUCAUCCCUACUGCACCGUAGGCCUCAGCUACACGAGACAUAUAAAAACGGAACGCUCCAUUCCAGGUCUGAUGUACCAGAGGAUGGUCACAGCAGAGCAGAGACUAAAAAAUGAGCACUAUCCCUUCCAGGAGAGGAUCUUCAUUCUGGCCGACCCGGAAGUCCUCUCUGGUUCUGUGGGACAAGUCCUGUUGGGUGAAAUUGAGUCGUCGUCUUCGGCUCCGGGCGGAUCUCUAAGUCUUCUAGAUCACAUGUGCAGCGUGGUUCAACACUCCAUACAGGCUGCUUUAGGAGCAGAGCAGUGCGACGGGCCCAAACUGGCUCGAGCCCUAAAGGACAUGGGUCAAGACGUCGAGUCGCACUUUCAGGAAGUGUUGGCGGCUCUGGAGCAGAGCGCGGAGGAGGGCAACAGAGGGGAGAGGGGAGCGCUGAGGAGCAAACUUCAGCAGCUGUACGGAAAGAUCGUCACCGUCACCGACACAGGCUCAGAGCCAUUGUCCAGUGGACGACUGUGUGACUGCCCUCUUCCUAACCCAGAGAUGAGCUUCCACCUGUGGACAAAGGAUCUGGAUAUCUGGCGAGAGCUGGCCAAGUGGUUUCGAUCCAGCUCCUUGCGGGAGCCGUUCGCCCUCAGCCACGAGCAGGAGGACUUUGAUCUGGGUGAGUCGCCCAACGACCUGAUGCCGUCUGACAUGACUCGCUUCUCCGUCAUGUCCAACGACAGCGGCAUCGAAAGAGACCUGCCCCCCGGCGCUGAUGCCUCCCUAUCGUCAUCUCUGGACGCCGCCAGCAUGAGUGCAUCAUGGGAACAAUGCAAAAGUGAGCAAGACUCGUCGAGGCUGUCGCGGCGUGGAGGUAUCAAGAUGAAAUAUUCUGUGAAGGACAGCAUGGUGCUGAUGCAGGACACCCUGGAGGAACACGCAAGCCUCGGAGGAGGAGGAGGAGGAGGAGGUGGAGGUAGGGGAGGAAAAAGAGGGGCGACUCUGCAGAGGCGGGCAGGAAGCAGCGCGAUGCAUAACCCCUUCCCCAAACAGCAGAGGAACUAUACUGCCAGGAUAGUCGCCAUGGGAGACGACAGGGUGCUGGGCCACCUGGCCAAGGCCUACUACUUCUUCAGGAAAAGGGAAGCGCGAAGGCUUUUUCUUACAAUGAAAGUCAACCUCCAGUUUUACUACAUCCCCGUUUGCAGGGCUACAACUCCGGUCUCCUCUAUCAAGGAAAACCUCCAUCAAUCCACGGAAAAUCCCUGCGCUCUUGGUUCCUACUUGAGCAUGGUGGACCCGUGGUACAACUCCAACGUCAAGAGUUUAGGCCGCAUGAUCCCCGAACUGGCUAAGACGACGAGCACAGGGGGGCAAAAAGAUCCCUUUGUGUCUGAUGUAAUUUCCUACUACGUCCGUACCGGCCAGCAGCCUGUCUACUUCACCAUCUACUUUGUUAAGAUCACAUUCACCAAAGCGACAAAGGAUCCCGUGGAAGACGUGUUUCUCACCCAUCUAGAAAUAGAGUUUCCUGAGUUCAAACAGGUCUCACCGUCAAUUAAAGAUAAACCGAGGAAGAGCUCUGGGGAUGCAUGCGGAGCUGUUAUCUCGUUGAACUACAGAAAGGUGACAUUAAGUGGCCGAGACGUUGACAAAGGAAUCUCAGUCAGGACGUCAGGCGCUCAGAUCAAUGCUAUUCCCUCCAAUCAAGCAGAAGAUCUGAACUGUUUGACACUGACAUUGAAUGAAUCUCCAGCAAAAACUAAAAACAACACUGUGGAGUCAAAGAUUCGGUCCAGCAACAUUAAGAUUCGCACUUUGGAGAGUCGAGCUUUCACUGUUAAACUGGACAGAGAUGAUCGCAGGAGCUACAAAGAUGUGCAAAGCAUCGAGAUCUGCCCGUGUCUCGAUCCCGGAUACUGCGUCCAGAAAACCAUGAGGUCCAAAUUCAACUUGGGAGAGGACAAAGACGCUGGACUGAGCAAAUACAUGAGCAAAGGACUCCCUCUACCAAUCAACACAUUUGCUGGCAUCAUCUCCUGACAUGGUGGAGUGACCCCGCAGAGAAACUUGAAAAUGAACACCAUCCAUGCUGUGUUUUGACGGCGGGAAUGGUUGUUCCUGACACACGACACGAGACGAAAGGAAUCACCUUUGAGCUGCUCCUGACGACAAAGUGUUUCAGUUCUGUCAGUUGGGACUGACUGACAUGUAUGGAAAAAGACUUUUAAAUCAAAAGCAACACAUACUAGUGUCACUUCUUGCAGUUGAUGGAAUACGUUUUCUUUUUUUACAGCAACAGGAACAAAAUUGUAUCACACAGCAAGGUAUGAUAGAAGUCCAAACAGUGUUUCCACUACUGUACGUCAGUAAAUAUAUGCAAAUUAGAUUGCCAAAGAACAAAACUGCCUGUGACACUAGAGAGACCGGCAGAGAAAAAAUAAAUAAGCAAAGGUAUGCACCUGUAUACAUUUAAGAUUCCAGGACAACUGAUAAUUGGAUCACUAAUCAUGUGACAUCAUAAAAACUCUGCAGGCAAUCUCGAAAAUCGGUUUCUCCAAGUCACCACUUGGUGAGGCAGAUUUGAAGGGUUGAUUGUAACAGUUACUUCAUAGACACACUACCUUUUACUGCCUUCUUGACACACACAUACAGCACUCACAAAAGAAUGUAGCCUCACCUGUCAGCGACUAAAACAUGCAGAUUCUUAGAUGGUUACGAUGAUGACUGACAGUUAACUGUCAACUGUUAACUUCAUUUUAGCCGAAUCAUUCAAAAAAGUUGUUAUUCCUGUACCUGUUACAUAAUGUAAGCUGUUACGAACAUUAGCCUCAGAGUAUAGUGUUUUUGAAACGUUGUGUAAAGAUCCAAUAGCCACACUAGUAUGUUCAGUGCAGAAGCUAGAGCCACGUGUCAGGAACUACUGCAGAACAGAAGCAGCUUUUGUGUUUUACUGUAUCAGACAGACCUGCACAGACACAGAGGUACAAAAGUAGACUUCAAAUUGCUGACUUCGAACCACUGUCUGCUCUCCAGACGGGCAGGAUUCUGUGUUCAAUGCUUUUUUAUUUUACAAAAUGAAAAGCAAAACCUGGGGACACUCACAAAGUGAAAGUUGCACACCUGCCAGUAAAUGUCUCAAAUGUCUCGGCCUUGAGGUGUGAAAAUCACCUCUGACCUCCAUCCUGUGUUUGAUGACGAUAUUUGCACUAAAACUGCAGUUUUUUUUAUUAUUAUUUCCUUGUGGGAGUGGAACAACAGUGCAGCAACAGUGUGUAAAGCAUGUAAUAUGACCUGUGUAAUUAUGUCAUUACUUUACAUGUCAUAUGAUAUCCACUAAGUUAUAGAGGUUAUAGAGGUUGUUCAAGAUAAACACAACUAUUGGUUCAGUUGUUAUUCAUGAAAACGAUUAGAACUAUUAGAUCCCACGGCCAAGAGUGGCUCAGGAGCCUUUUUCUGGUGCACCGCGAUCUCAUGGCAGUAUAAAGGUCAACAGCCUCAGGAACUGGAAGUGAUGUGUUAUUGGUGCACAUCAUAAAGUCAUGUGAGCGUCUGUGUGUCUGCUGUUCUGGCAGAGUAAAAUCAUGAGUUUGAAAUUCAUGAUACAUUUUGCACAUCUAAUGUCAUGUAUAUAUUUAUAUAAAGCGGAUGCCAUCAAAAUCAAAAUGUAAUUGUGUAAAUACAUGAUUUUGUUUUGUAAAAAAGUGUUUUAUAAUAAAUGUGGUAAAUCUCAA